UCACGCCUUUAUAUUUGUGUAAUCUUGGGGACCGACCACGUGGCCCUAUCCUCGUUCUUCAAUGAAUAAAAACGGUAUCUGGAAAACCUGGCCUGGUAAUUAUUAAAGUAAGAGAAAGAGAAAAGGCACCAUUACGCUAUGUUUUGUCAUGGAAAAAAAUCCCUUGGGGUGAAAAAUCCAUGCCAGCUUUUGCCAGUGAGAGGCUCGAACCCAUAGCCCGUCCUCCCCUGGCAGAACCUCGCUGUAUUUUUUAGGGGAAAGCCUGAAGCGGGGCGGACGGAGGACUGUUGGAUAGGAAGGCGUGGGAGGACGCGCUUCUCGGAGAAGCGAAGAUGAUCAUCAGCCUUGUUUCUGCCCUCCUGUGCUGCUCGGCCGCGACGAUCCUCCUGCUGCAAUGGCGACGGCGGAGAACGCUCCAGAGCCUGAUCGCCGAGGCUCGAGCGAGGCGAGGGCGCUCCCUUCAGGACAUGGAAAAGGCUGCUCGCAAGUUCAGGGAUCAGAAUCCAAGCCACCAACCAGAGCCUAUAUUGUCAUUGUCUCUGCCUGAACUCUGUGAGAAACUCAGGAAUGGCUCACUCUCCCCUGAGGCUGUCUUCUAUACCUACGUGGACAAGGCCUCAAAAGUGACUCGAGAUGUCAACUGUGUGACUGAUUAUCUCAAAGAUAGUGAAUCCCAGGUUCUGCAUGUGAAAAGCCUAGAAAAGAAAGGGUUGCUCUAUGGUGUUCCUGUCAGUAUAAAAGAUUCCAUUGACUGCAAGGGACAUGAUUCUACGUCAGGUUUCGUGAAGUGUCUCAACCGACCAGCAACAACUGAUGCUGUUGUAGUCCAGGUGUUGAAACAUCAGGGAGCAAUUCCAUUUGUGAAAACCAAUGUCCCUCAAUCUUUGAUGAGCUAUGACUGUAGCAACUUAAUCUUUGGUCAGACGGUGCAUCCUCAGGAUCACACCAGAACACCAGGUGGUUCUUCUGGAGGGGAAGGUGCUCUCAUCAAAAGUGGAGGAUCCCUCCUUGGCAUCGGCACCGAUAUGGGAGGAAGCAUUCGUCUCCCGGCGGGUUUCUGUGGGAUUUGUGGGUUCAAGACCACGGGCAACAGGAUUAGCAAACAAGGAAUUAUGGCAGGCAUCCGUGGACAGAAAUCAGUUACUGCGGGUGUAGGUCCGAUGGCAAAAGAUGUUGACAGCUUAGCUCUUUGCUUGAGAGCUCUUUUGUGUGAAGAAAUGUUCCGGCUAGACCCCAGAGUACCACCUCUUCCCUUCAAUGAGCAGGUAUAUUCUAGCUCUCAUCCUCUCCGAAUAGGAUACUAUGCCACUGAUUCUUUCACCAUGCCAAGCCCCUCAAUGAAACGAGCAGUACUGGAAACCAAGCAGCUUCUAGAGAAGGCUGGCCAUGUGUUGAUCCCCUUCCAGCCUAUUCACGUGGACCGUUUUAUGUUUAACAUUGGUACCAGAGGAGUUUUUGCUGACGGUUGUGCCACCUUUCUAGAAAACUUCAAAGGAGAGUCUUCAGACCCCAGAUUAAAGGACUUGCUAUAUAUAGCAAAGUUGCCAAACUGGUUACGACACCUCCUGUCCUGGAUCAUCAGACCAAUAAGUCCUCGUAUAUCAGAAGCGCUGAAAAAUAUGACUGAGAGGUCUGUGAAAGAGCUUUGGGUACUUCACACUGAAAUUGAGAAAUACUGCCAGAAAUUCAUUGCUGAAUGGAAGAAACUGGAUCUAGAUGUGAUGCUUUGUCCUGAACUGGGUCCUGCUUUUAAGAUUGGAUUCCCUGGAAAAGUAUCAGUAGGUUCAAGUUACACUAUUUUGUUCAACUACUUGGAUUUUCCUGCUGGAGUGGUACCUGUAACAACAGUGACCAAGGAGGAUGAAGAAGAACUGAAAAAUCACAGGGGAUACUAUAAUGACAACUGGGACAAACUUUUUGUGAAGGCAAUGGAAGGGGCCGUGGGAUUCCCAGUGGCUGUUCAGUGUGUGGCCUUGCCAUGGCAGGAUGAGCUUUGCCUCCGGUUCAUGAGAGAAGUGGAGAAUCUGACCAAGGAAAGAUCAAGGGUAUCUUGAGCCAUGAUGCAGAGAGAAGAAAGCUGGCAAGUUGCCCUCAGCUCUAGCCAACUUUUUGUAAUCAUGGAUUUUGCCUGUCUGUUUUGAUUAAAUAUGUGAAAUAAUUUUGC